AUGAUCAAACCCAGCAGAAACAUAAGGCAGAUCAUCAGCCUCGCUAACUCACGUUCUUGGUUCCUGGUAGCUCGAACCUCCGGAAAUGCUGCCCGAUCAAUACAUAGAGCAUCGCCGUGGUCUGCUCGCUCGUUUUCUUCCUUUCUGAGGGCUAGGAAAAGCACAGAAAGCGCAUUAUCUGAAGAUGAUAAAGAGAUCUUAAAUCAGGAGAGAGCUUCAGAUUUCGUUGACGUUUGCAUUGUUGGUGGAGGUCCUGCUGGAUUGGCAACCGCGAUAAAGUUAAAAACUUUAGACAAUGAGUCGGGCUCUGGCGAGAUGAGAGUUGUAGUUUUAGAGAAGGCUGGAGACUUUGGCUCCCAUAUAGUUAGUGGUGCGGUUAUAGAACCAGGGCCCUUUAGAGAGUUGUUUCCUGACAGUGAAUUCUUGAAUGAAGAUGGUACCGGGAUCGCGUUACCUCCUGAUCUUGUUACUCUUGUUAAAGAAGAUUCAAUGAAAUUUUUGACUAAAGAGUCUUCUUUCUCGUUGCCGGAACCUCCUCAAAUGAAAAAUGAAGGAAAAAAUUAUAUCGUUUCUUUGAAUAACGUUGUCAAGUAUUUAGCUGAGCAAGCUGAAGAGCUAGGUGUCGAAUUGUAUCCAGGUAUAUCAGUAAGUGACGUCGUCUACGAUAAAUCAGGAAAAGCUAUAAGGGGAGUCAUAACGAAAGAUAUGGGUAUUUCAAAAUCUGGUAAACCAAAGCCCUCAUUCGAAAGGGGCAUGGAGUUCCAUGCAAGAAUAACUGUCCUUGCUGAAGGUUGUCAUGGCUCAUUAUCAAAGAAGAUGAUAUCUCAAUUCAACUUGAGAGACGAACUGGACCCGCAAACUUAUGGUUUGGGAAUCAAAGAAGUUUGGGAAGUAGCGCCAGAGAAAUUCAAUAAAGGUUUCGUCGGACACACGUUAGGAUAUCCGCUAAGUGCUGAAUAUGGUGGAGGAUUUAUGUAUCACUUCAGUGAUGGGCUAGUUGCUGUUGGGCUUGUCAUAGGCUUGGAUUAUGCAAAUCCAUAUAUUUCCCCGUACCAAGAGUUUCAAAAAAUGAAAUUGCAUCCUUUUUAUUCGAACGUCUUAGAAGGAGGUAAAUGUAUCAGUUAUGCCGCUAGAGCUUUAAAUGAAGGCGGAUUCCAGUCUAUUCCGAAGCUCUAUUUCCCCGGAGGAAUAUUAGUAGGCUGCGCAGCGGGAUUUCUUAAUGUUCCAAAAAUAAAGGGUACUCAUACAGCAGUGAAAUCAGGAAUGCUUGCCGCAGAAUGUAUAUUCAAACAAAUAAAAGACAUGGAACCAGUUGAUGAGGAUAAUUUAAUAGUUGAGAGCCCUCUAGAAUUAAGAUCGUAUAAGGAUGCCAUCGAAGAUUCCUGGGUUUAUAAAGAGUUAUAUGAAGUUCGAAAUGUUAGACCUUCUUUCAAUAGUCCGCUUGGCCUCGCUGGGGGGUUAAUUCAUUCCGGAAUUACGACAAUGAUAACAAAAGGAAGUGAACCAUGGACUUUGAAUUAUCGAGAGACGGAUGCUGCUGCCACUGAACUUGCAGACAAAUACUCACCCAUAGAUUAUCCAAAACCCGAUGGCAAGAUAACUUUCGACUUAUUAACCUCUGUAUCUAGAACAGGUACUUACCAUGAUGAAGACGAACAAUGUCACUUACGAAUCCCUAAUCAAGACAACGAAAAACAUGCUGAAAUUUCUUAUCCCAAGUACAAAGGUAUUGAACAGAGGUUUUGCCCCGCGGGUGUCUACGAGUAUGUUCAAGACGAAAACGAAGAGUUGGGGGUCAGGUUUCAAAUAAAUAGUCAAAAUUGCAUUCAUUGUAAAACUUGUGAUAUUAAAGUCCCCUCCCAGGAUAUAAAUUGGGAAGUACCAGAAGGUGGUGAUGGCCCCAAGUAUUAUAUGACAUGA